AUGAUGGGAUCGAGAAUAAUAAGGUUUGGGAGAGAGUUGACGUUUGGGACGAUUACUUUGCAAUAAAUUGCUCAGAUUUGAGAGGCAGAGUCUCGAUGUAGUAACUGAGGGGUAUUCUUCUAGCAAGCAGCGAGCGGCGGAAGAUUUUGCAAGAAAAUAAAAGCUGCAAAGCAGCCAGUGGGUGGCUUUUUCGAAAGGGUGGGAGUGAUCCUGUCGUGUAGAGUCAGUAGUUAAUCUGGUGACGCUGGUGAGAAAGUCGGGGAAAUGUCUCUCUCUCUCGCUGUUUUAUUUGUGCUCCAGGUUUUUGUCUUCGGAUCAACAGCCUCUGGCAUCUCUGAAGGGCUGCCUGACCUGAGGAUGGAUAUCAGGGAAGAGAUGGGGGACUUAAGGCUGGAAGAUAAAGAGAAUGGCGCUCAGCUUCUACUUGAAGGCAAGAUGGAAGGAACAGGUGCACCAAAUCUUAACUGGGGUUCAGAAAAGUUGAGAAAAGUGAGUUCUGGAGAAAUGUUACGAAAUAUAACUGUCUUUACCCUGAAGCCCGAGAUGAGAGUACAGCGGGGGACGGGUGAGAAUGGCAAAGUUGUCUCCGAGGAGUCAACAGCCGCUUCUCUGCAAAACAACUCAAUGGAGUCUCGCCACUUCUCGCCAACCCACUUCCAAAUCACUUCGAGGAUCCCUCUUUCUUCGCUCAUAGAUGAAGGGACGCAAACACAAGAUGAAGGUACGGGUCGAAUUCCCAGUGAACAGCGGAAUGAAGUGGAGACGACGGCGGAGAGGCUUCAACUGGAGAGCAAUCUGUACUCGGUCACUGACACCACUUACAGUGCGUACGCGGUGGUUCUUCUCUCUCUGAUACUUUUCAUCGUCGGUAACAUUGGAAACCUGGCCGUGAUGUGCAUUGUUUGCCACAACUAUUACAUGAAGAGCGCCUGGAACAAUAUUCUGGCUGGCAUGGCUUGUUGGGACUUCUUCGUCAUCUUCUUCUGUCUGCCUGUGGUUGUCUUCAAUGAGAUCACAAAGAAACGGUUGCUUGGAGACAUCGGCUGUAAGGUCGUGCCUUACUUGGAGGUCUCUUGUCUUGGGGUCACCACCUUUAGUUUGUGCGCACUAAGUAUUGACAGGUUUCGUUCUGCAACAACUGUACAGUCACAAAUUAGGCUGAUAGAAAGUUGUCUGUCUAUCGUGGCUAAGAUGGCAGUCAUCUGGAUAGGAUCCAUGUUACUGGCACUCCCUGAAGUUCUUCUCUGGCAAUUGGACCAAAAGACUUCCAUUAUCUCUGGAGUGGUCACCGAUUAUUGUAUCAUUCAAACAUCCUCAAACCUUCCUGAGCAUAUCUACGGACUUGCGCUAACCUAUGAGAAUUCCAGGAUGUGGUGGUAUUUUGGCUGCUACUUUUGCUUGCCUAUCAUUUUUUCUGUUACCUGCCAAUUAGUGACAAGAAGGGUAAAAAGCACAGAAAACAAAUCUGACGUCAAAACUACAUCUAAGUUUGCCCAUUAUGAAAGUCAGAGGAACUAUACAUUGAUUGGUCUCACCAUCCUCUACGGCUGCUGUAUCAUACCAGAAAAUAUCUGUAACAUUGUGGUGGCCUAUACCAUCCCUGAAAUCUCCAAGGAGACCAUUGAUUUACUCAACAUCAUUAAUCAGUUCUUUCUGUUUUUUAAGUCAUCUGUCACACCAGUGUUGGUCCUCUGCCUCUGGAAGCCUUUGGGCCAUGCCUUUAUGAAUUGUUGUUGUUGUUGCUGUGAUGAAUGUUCCCCAGAGCCCUCAGGAACUGAUGCUCACGACAGCAAGAUGAAGAUGGAAAUGGCAUCCAUAUUCUGUGAUAAUCCCAAGGAAAACUCUGCAAUGAUGACUCUCGGUACCCAGUGUUGAUGCGACAAUCUCUUGGAAUUUGAAUGAUUCUUUAAAGCUGAACAGUGAAGAUACCUAGCAUCAGCCCUUCGUAGACAGCCAAUUGUUUUACUGAUCUGUGCACAGCAGUAGGUAUUUUAACUGCCUGUUGAACUUCUACACUAGCAGAUGUUUAGUUUGCUCUGUAAGUUCUUGCUUUGAUAGCAAUCCAAGACUGUAUGUGAAUAACUAUAUUUUUGUGUUUCAGCUCUACUUUAGAUAAUAAAAUAUUUUUUCAUGAUUUAAUAAAACACUGUUACAAAGUAUUAAAAGGACAUGUUAUAGCAGAAUAUCAGUAAUAUGCCCAAGUGUUUCAAUAGUAGGUCUCCAAUUGUAUAAAAUAAAGUAUGUCUAACAUUCUAACAAUCUUUUAAUUUAAUUUUAUGAUAUGUUUGCUCAGACACAUUUAAUCAUGAUGUAUUAUUGUUACAUUGGGUUACUAUUUACACAAAGAACAUUGUCCAUCAUGGUCAAAAGUAACAUAUCUAUUGUAUAUUAAGUAACAUCUAUAAUUAUGUUUUUUUGGAUAUUGUUUUAUAUCACUUUUAUUCUAGAGCCCCAGAACACACAAAAAAAUGCUGUUAGGAAACUGUAGAUUUUAUAAACUGUUAGGUUAAUAGAUGUGUAUUGCAUUCACAGUAUGAUAUGUUGAAAACGCAGAACCUGGCAUAUAACUGUAGGACAGGGAUAAACAGUACUUUGUUAGGUCUGCUGUGUCAAAUAAAAAGGUGACCAGAUCAUUUUGGUUUUCAGUGCAUGGAGCUUUUGCCUUUGUCUUAUUUUGCGAACUUUCAAUAAUUAAAUGUUAGGUCCAUGCCAUUUAAUUUCCUAUUCUUGCGUGCAUCAAAAGUAUACAUUGACUGAUAUUAAAAGGUACUACUCACUACAUACUGCCAAUAUAAUGCUAGAAAGCAAAGUAUUUACAACGAUGUAAGAUUAUCAGCGUAAGAUCAUCUCAAAUGACUAUGUUUCACACUGACUGCAGAAGAAAUCCGAUGUGCUAAGUAGGUUUAAAAUAGAAAUGUGAAAAAUCUGUAGUAUUAGUACAAUAGAUUUAAGCAAGUGAAAAUGUAUUGACUAUUGUUGAUCACUAAUAAUCAAUGCAUUUUAUAUUAUUUGCACCAAAACUGUUCUAUCUGGACCUGCGAUUGCAUUGAUGGGGCAGCAUUUUUUCUCAAUACCUGAGCACACAGAUGUAUACAUUUCUAGUCCACAUUAAAUAGGUGUUGGCAGAAGAACUUUAAAUGCCCUUGGUACUCUGGAAUGGCAAAAGCUGAACAAAAAUAGGAGGGCUUAUAUAGCUCACACUUGCGUGUCAGAACAAAACUGUUCAACUCAAAUCUGUAUAUUACAUAUGGACUGGACAAGAUUCAAAUUUAAGUAUAGGUAGAGGUCGGGAAUAAAUUCAGCUAUAAGAUGUGGGUAAGAUUCUGCCCUAUGAUGAACUUAAUCAGCUGAGAAAUUUAUAACGUUAAGGUAAUGAAGCACAUAACAACUAACUUCAGUAGAGCUUUCAACUUUUUCCUUAAAGGAUUGCAACAUACUGUACAUCUCUAGAAGCUCAAUGAUUAAGUUAAAUCAAACUUUAUAUAUUUUGUAACUAUGCUCCCCUUGGUGUAAUGCUUCAGUAGACUACAAUAUUGCUACUACAAUACAGUACCAAUAAAUAGGCAUUUCUAUGGUCACAUGGCAACAGCCAUUGAAAAUGUCUGACUUAAUGUGUCAGGAGCAGUCAUGGGUAACUAAUUUACAAACUGGAACUGCCGUGUUCUGCAGAGUUGAAGCUUAGAUCAGACUUGUACUGACAUCUAAUUUACCAAGAAAGGUCUACUUCUGGUAAAUGUCUUACUGCCCUUCCUACUGGUCU